AUGCCAUCCCCUGAAGUGACGGGUGGCUCGCUGCCCUCAGAGCAAUCAUUUGGGGACCUCCAACCAGGUGCUCAGAACAGCUCUGGCGCGUCGGACACGGGGGACCAAGGACCAGACAGUAUCGACCUUGGGACAAGCCGAUCAACAAAUGGGCACACGCCAGAUCUAAUUGCAGAGGGAAAGCAAAGCGCAAAGGCUAUGCUAGCUACUUCCGGGAUGCCAGCCUCCUCGGAACCAGGCAGUGGGAGUUUCAAUGGCACCCCCCAUUCAAAUGAGGUCUCCGGUGCCAUGGCAGCGCGCGCCCGCGAAACGCCACUGGAUAAGAUUCUCCUGGAGCAAUACGUUGAUCGCGAAUUUCAGCACUCGGCCGCAGCUGCUUGGCAAAAUCCGAGUCAGGAAUUGCAGAAGACUAAGAGAGCGGAACGGGACUUUUAUUUAACAGUACGACGCGAAAAUCAAUUGAACCCUGCUGCAUUGUACGGUGUGGGCUAUGAGGGAUUUGGAAACCCUCGCACCGACCUUCGCAAUCAACACCCUCAACUUCUCUACCCAACUCAUCGACGCCGGCCCGGAAAUAGGAAGACGCGUGAGCUACGCAUUUCACGACGUGACGCGAAGACGCAAAACGAACAGAUGGAGGAUUUGGUCCCUAUCCGCUUGGACAUUGAUUGGGAAAAAGUCAAGAUCCGCGAUACUUUCACGUGGAACCUUCACGAUCGUGUUGUGUCUCCGGACUUGUUUGCGGAAAAGCUGGUUGAAGACAUGGGUCUCGCGGUAGAGAGCUCAGUCCCUUUGACGAGAAUGAUCUCCCAGAGCAUCCAGGAGCAGGUGAUCGACUAUUACCCGCAUCUUCACAUACACGAAGACCCUCUUGAUCCUCAACUACCCUAUACCGCAUACAAAAACGACGAGAUGCGCAUUUCGAUCAAGCUCAACAUUACCAUCGGUCAACAUACCCUGAUCGACCAGUUCGAGUGGGAUAUCAAUGAUCCUAACAAUUCUCCCGAAGAAUUCGCAUUAUGCAUGACAGAUGACUUGUCCCUCUCUGGUGAAUUCACUACCGCCAUCGCCCAUUCAAUCCGGGAACAGUCCCAACUCUUCACCAAAUCCCUGUACAUUGUCGCUCACCCAUUCGACGGUCGUCCAAUCGAGGACCCCGAUCUUCACACAUCAUUCCUCCCCACCCCUGUGGCUUCUGCCUUCCGACCAUACCAAUCCGCAAAAGAACAUACGCCAUAUCUUUAUGAGUUGAAUGAGGCAGAUCUUGAACGUACCGAAAUCUCAAUAUCUCGAGAGCAACGUCGGCAGAAACGGUCAAUUAACCGUCGUGGUGGCCCUGCUUUGCCAGAUCUCAAGGACCGUCAACGCACAAUUCGUACCAUGAUAGUUUCAUCUGUGAUACCCAACUCGGUGGGCUCCAUGGAUGAAAGCAAUGUGAUCAAGCGUACCGGUUCCGGCCGUCGUCGUGGCAUGCCCGGAAACCGGGGCGAUGAUGAUUCGGACGAGUUUGAUAGCGAUGACUCCUCUGUUGGCUCUCCUGCGAUUGGGCCUAACCUCGCACAAGGCACUGCUCGUACUAGAGGCAUGAGAGGCGCGGCAUCUGCAGCCCAUGCGGCGCUUCGCGCUAGCCUUGGACAAUCUGCAACCCCCGAACCGGUGUACCACGAGCCCCGAGUCUCGGCCCGGAGACAGCAAUACCGAGAAGAAAGCGUGGAUGACUCUGAGAAGUUGAUAGUGAGAUUCAAGAUUUCGCGUGACAAGCUAGUGGAUCUGAGGAACGGAAGGCGCAUUGUCUCCGCCCAAUCCAGCGCAGGACAAGCACCACGCACGAUGGCACCUCCGUCCGAUAAACAGUCUCGACUUCACCCUCCCCCACGACCCCAACAAACCGGUGCUGUUGAUGCACCGAACCCUCCGCAGCCUGGUGUUUCUGGCCCCCCACCACCCAACUGGCUGGCAGCCGGUCUCAGCAAGUUGAAACAAUCUCACCCCAACGAUUCCUUCGAAGGUGUGAUGCGUUACUCCGCCGUCGAUACUGAAACCCUGGCCCCCGUGGCAAACCCCAACAACCUCCAAGCUGGCCAAAUCAUCAAAUACCAAUACCUCCCCCGUAUUCGUUGCCACGACUGCCCAGGGAAGCUGUACACCCCCGGCCCGGGCAUGACAGUGGACAACUUUGAAGUUCAUCUCCGCAACCGGCAGCAUAAGGAGCGGGUCGAGGAGCGCCUCACGAAGUCUGGUGGCAGUGGGGCCAACCCCGACGGCGGAAGUGCGAGGGUAAGUCCAGCUCUCGGGACUGCCACAAUCCCUGGAACACAUGCCUCUACCUCUUCAGCCAGUGGGUCUUAG